UCGAACAAAGUUAAGACUCCGAAGUCAGAACACAAAAGAAGUAGGGCGAACCGGGGUUGUAUCGUUAGUUGUAACGCCCGCAUCCGAAAAUAUUUGGCGUUCAUCUGAAGCAGCUGCAGCCACCGGCGACAGAUACAGUGUGCGGUGGCAACAAUGGCGGAGGAGCAACUUGAGUUCAGGAUUUACAAUUCAAUGACUCAGCAGAAGGAGAUCUUCAAGCCCAAAAAUCCCGGCAAAGUUUCCAUGUACGUCUGCGGUGUCACCGCCUACGACUUCAGCCAUCUCGGCCACGCUCGCGCCGCAGUUUCUUUCGAUAUACUCUACAGGUACCUUGUGCAUUUGGGCUAUGAGGUAACAUAUGUGCGGAAUUUCACCGAUGUUGAUGACAAGAUAAUUAAGCGAGCAAAUGAGAUUGGUGACAAUCCGUUGGACUUAAGCAACCGUUUUUGCCAUGAAUAUAAUGUUGAUAUGAGUGAUCUUCAGUGUGAGAAACCUUCUCAAGAGCCUCGUGUUUCUGAUCACAUGGACGAGAUAAAGAACAUGAUAAGUCAGAUUAUCAAUAAUGGCUAUGGCUAUGAAGUUGAUGGUGAUGUUUUCUAUGCUGUUGAGAAAUUCCCAAGUUAUGGCAUGCUGUCUGGACAAAAGCUAGAACAUAACAGAGCAGGGGAACGAGUUGCUGUUGAUUCAAGAAAGCGUCACCCUGCUGAUUUUGCAUUGUGGAAGGCUGCGAAGCCUGGUGAACCUAGCUGGGACAGCCCUUGGGGUCCUGGGAGACCAGGGUGGCACAUUGAAUGCAGUGCAAUGAGCGCAUGCUAUUUAACUCAGAAAUUUGAUAUUCAUGGUGGUGGAAUUGAUUUGAUCUUUCCUCAUCAUGAAAAUGAGAUUGCGCAGAGCUGGGCUGUAGAUCAUGAGAGCAGUAUCAGUUAUUGGAUGCAUAAUGGGCAUGUCACGAAUAACAAUGAGAAGAUGUCAAAGUCCUUAGGCAACUUUUUCACAAUUCGUCAGAUUACUGAGCGUUAUCAUCCGCUUGCUUUGAGACAUUUUUUGAUCAGUGCCCAUUAUAGAUCUCCGCUAAAUUACUCAGUUGCACAGCUGGAGAGUGCAUCUGAUGCUAUUUAUUAUAUAUUUCAGACUCUUCAAGAUUGCAAAGAUGCUGUAUCCUCAUUUCAACAAGGUGAAACUGAGAAGAAUCAAAGUGCACUACAAGUUAAUGAGGCUGCUAAGGAAUGCAUCAAGAAAAUGCAGGUUGAAUUUCAAACAAAAAUGUCAGAUGACUUGCAAACACCGGUAUUACUAACCGGCGCCAUCCAAGAGGCCUUGAAGUUUGUCAACAGUUCUUUGAAGAUGCUGAAGAAAAAGCUUCAAAAGAAGGUACAACUGCAAUUGGUUCAUUCCCUAGCUGAAGUUGAGAAAGAAGCCGCAAAAAUUUUGAACGUUCUCGGAUUACUGUCCUCUAAAUCCUAUGGCGAGGUUCUGCAAGAGUUGAAGGAUAAGGCAUUGAAGAGAGCAGGUAUGGCAGAAGAUGAAGUGUUACAUCUGAUAGAAGAAAGAAAACAAGCAAGGAUUAACAAGGAUUUUCCAAAGAGUGAUAGGAUUAGGACUGAUUUGACUGCAAAGGGCAUUGCACUUAUGGAUGUUGGAAAUGAAACUAUUUGGAGGCCAUGCAUCCCAACUGAGCCUCUUGUAGCAGAAGAACAAAAGUCAACAGAAGGGAAUAAUGGGCCACCUACAUCAUCAACGUGAGGGUCAGAAUCAAUGACCCUGCAUUACUAUGAUUAUUUGUUACAGAAUUAUUAAAUGUCAUAAUUUAUGAUUACCUUAAUAGCAGGCUUCAAGUUUGUAUAACAAUUUCUAGGAGGGUAAGCACUUUUACAGUUUUGUCUUAACAGGUCAUGCAAUUUCUCAGUGUACACUAAGAGUCUAGAUUAAUAGAUUAUCUUUUGUAUGGUUUGAUUUUGCUAAAUCGACAAUGGUUUUUGUUAACUUAAUUAAUGACUUUGGUCCCUUAAUCUCAA